GGACGGUAGAGGAACGGUUGAUAAAGGGAAACUAGACGGCACAGCCCUGCUGCUAUAAUUGUCAAACCCUAACUUCACCAUCUCUAUUUUCCAGACCUCUUUUCCCGGGCCCUCGCUGAAUUAGACCAGAGCGAAAUCACAAUGGAAGACGGAACGCCCCUCCCCCCGAACGACGCCAUGUUCCGAGCCCUCAUGUACUGGGGCGAAGAGAACGCCAUACAGAUCCGCGAAGCGCACCUCUCCAAAGGCGGCUGGGAAGGAUGGAUGCAAGAAGAGAUGCGAUUUCUCUUCAACGCGGGCCGCGAAGACAACUGCUACGAGGACAACGAGAAGAUGGCGGCCGACAUCGUGCUGACGCCGGGGCUGUCUGGCGCGGAGGUGUUUCCGAACGAGCCGUACGUGGGCGAGGAGUGCGCGAUCAUCGAGCUCAAAUGCGAGAGUUAUUUCAACGCGCAUAAGUUCAAGGGGGAGGUGAAGAAGGAUAUUCAGAAGGUGAAUGGGGGACUGUUUAAGAGUCGGAUGUUUCAGGGCGGAUGCAACAUCUACUGCGUCGCGCUUGCGAUGAGCAACGAGGGGGCGUGUGAUAUGGAGGAUUUGGGGCUGGAGCUGUUUGAGUUUGAUGAUGCUGAGGCGCCGUUUCAGGUGUGGUGGUGUGUGAGAACGAUUGAUGCCGAAGAGUUCAGCGGCGAGGAAGAGGAGGAUGCUGAUUAUUGGGAUGACGAUGACACUCUUGAGGACGAUGAGGAUGAGACGGUUGAUGAUGGGACAUAUGCCCAAGGUUAUAGUAAUGGGUACAACCAUCAAUAUGGUGCAUACAAUUGAGAUGGCGGAAAGGGCGCUGGGGAUUUAAGUAUAUACAUUUUUGAGUACUACAGACUAUUAAGAUAUGCUGC